CCGUCGGAAUUAAGUCUAUAGAGUACUCCACGGGUACAUAUGAGAGCUCCCCCGCAGUUACAGAUUACAGAGUAGAACAAUCUUCCCUUAUAUCUAUUUCUAUCAAUUUCAAGAAAACGCCUGGAAACCAAUAAAAAUGGCCCCCAUCGAACGAAUUACCCUUUUCAAAAUCCCCAACGACGAAGACCUCAAUCGCGUCCUCGAACAAUACAAAACCCUUGCAAAAACCGCCGUCAAAGACGGCAAACCCUACAUCCUCAGCACGGCAGUUGGAAAGUCCUUCCCUGAUCCCCGGAAUAAGGGAUUCAAUCUCUCGGUUAAGACGACAUUCGCCUCGUUGGACGAUAUGAAGUACUACGAUUCGGAGUGUGAGGCGCAUAAGGCGCUCAAGGCUGUUGCUGGACCUGUGAGAGAGGAUUUCCUUAUGGCGUAUUAUGAGAGCGUUCUGUGAAUAUCAGAUUUAUUUGUGGAUAUGAUAUAACAAUUCUCUAUUUUAUUUCAUGAUGUACAUUUGCAUACCGCAGGCAUGCUCGUUUCGCUCGUCCAGGUAACUGAAUAACAUCCCAUUACAAAACAUUGAUAAC